AUGGAACAUGAGUUGGGUCAUAUCAUAGCUCAUGCGGGAAACGGACGCGAAACACGAUUACCCGAAGGUGUUCUUGUUGAUGGGUAUUACGAAGAAAUUAUUGAUGGUGCGGUGAUCAAACAUGUUUUACAAUUUCAUGGAUGCUAUUGGCAUGGAUGCCCCCGUUGUUAUACUGUAAAUAGAACCCAUGAUAUUAGUACUGAUACGAUGGAUGUUCGUUUGGAACGUACACAGUUUAUUACAGCAAAGAUUGAAUCUGCUGGAUAUAUUUUAACGGAGAUGUGGGAAUGUGAUUUUGAUCGUAUUUUUAUUAAAAUAGAUAUUUCUAGAGAGGAUAUGCGAAUAUUUUUAGAAAAUCGGCCUGAGGUUUCGCGAAAGCCGUUAAACCCUCGCGACGCCUUUUAUGGUGGUCGUACAGAGAACAUGGUGUCUCUUUAUGAUGUAAAGGGAAAAUUCCCCGUAAAACAUCCGACAAUAUAUGUUGGUGAAGAAUGUCGCAAAUUAACGGGAUCUUCAGGCGUCGAGAUUGAUAAAGUGGAGGGUCUCAUUUAUUGUACGAUAUUACCACCACGUAUGCUGUAUCAUCCUGUAUUACCUGUACGAAUGCAUGAUAAAUUAAUGUUUGCUUUAUGUCGUUCGUGUUGUGAAAAUGUGUAUCAAGAGGAUUGUCUACACGAGGAUACUGUGGAUCGCGAAUUUACGGGUACAUGGGUGGCUGAUGAAAUACAGAACACAGAACAAUUGUAA